CGUGUCAAGGUGCGUUUACAGAGCCGUACCGGCGCACCUGCGGCUCACCUGACACCGUCACCUCUGCCUACGUCACGGUCCCGGAAGAAACAACACGCGUUUCUUUUCUCCCGAGCGCGAACAGUUCGCGGCGGAUUAACGAGCUUACCGGCGGUUUUACCGACGCUGCGGCGACUGGUUUCUCCUCACGGAGGGACGUGAACGGCGGAAACAGCAACCACAGCAACGACCGGUGAUAUUUUUCCGUCUUUGUCUUCUUCGGUUUUGGAAGUGACUGCUAACGUUAGCUAGCUAACCCAGGAUGAACGGCGGCGGCAGCUCGGCCCGCAGCCGCUGCGGACGCUUUCUGUCCGCCGCAUAGCAUCACAACAGCCUCGGUGCUAACCUCAGACGAAUCUUGGACCUUGGAUCUUGUUUGUCCCGGUUCUGAACACCGAGUCCCAAAGUUCUGGACCGCAGGAGACCUUCCUGGGUUAUUCGUCCUGAGGGAUGUGGACCUCAGGAUUCAGUCACAGGAGACACUGAACACUGACCUGCAUCAGAGAAACCACACUUUUCAAACUAAAACACGUUUAUUCGCUAAACUUUUCUUCUGACCGUCGCCUCCGCAUGUGUCGGACUAACGGAGACCUUGGUGGAUAAUUCGGCCUCCGGUAAAAUCCUCCUGAACGAUGGGGACUCAGGGACCGGGCAGGAAGAGGAUCCCGAACCGGGAGAAGCUGACCGCCGAGGAUGAUGCUCUCAACCAGAUCGCACGAGAGGCGGAGGCGAGGCUGGUGGCAAAGCGAGCAGCAAGAGCCGAGGCCCGAGAGAUCAGGAUGAAGGAGCUGGAGAGACAACAGAAGGAGCUGUUUCACAGCCACAAGAAGUAUUAUGGUCUGGAUAAUAAGUGGGGUCACAUUGAGCAGUGGAUGGAGGACAGUGAGCGAUACUCUCGCCACACACGGAGACACGCUUCGGUGUCCGAUGACGAGGAGAGGAUGUCUGUGGGGAGUCGAGGCAGCCUCAGGGUGGAGGAGAGACCUGACAGAGACUUCCUGGAUAAAGGUUCGAGGACGGCCUCCACUCUGUCGGCCGCCACGCUCGCCUCUCUGGGCGGAGCUUCAUCUCGCAGAGGGAGCUGUGACACGUCAUUUUCCGUGGAAACAGAGGCGUCCAUCAGAGACAUCAAGGAGUCCCUGGCGGAGGCGGAGGAGAAAUACCGUAAAGCGAUGGUUUCUAACGCUCAGCUUCACAACGAGAAGUUGACUCUGAUGUAUCAGGUGGAAACUCUGAGGGAGGAGCUGAGCGACAUGGAGGAGCUGCUGUGGGAGACACGCCGUCGCUGUGACGACACCACGAAGGAGUUUGAGCGCGAGCGUCAGGCGCACAGUGUCGUACAGUUCCAGUUCAAAGAGAUGAAGGAAACUCUGAGGCAGACGGAGGAGCUGCUGACGGAGGUGUCUGACCUGCGGCUGAAGAGCAGCAGUUUCCGUCAGGAGGUGUGUGACCUGCAGGAAGCUCUGCAGUGGAAGGAGAAGAAGAUCUCGAAACACGGUGUCGUCGUCUCACCUGAAAUCACGACCAAUGGGGAGACGGGACAGGGCGAGGCAGAGGACGACGUCAGCGAGGAAUCUGGCUCCCGAUUGGCCCGGGGGGCGUCCCAGGGUGGAAGAGAGAGCAUGCUCGAGCUGCGUCUGAAGAAGGUGUUUGAAGACAGAGAGAGUUUACAGGAUCAGGUCAGGCUGCUCCAGUCUCAGCUGGAUCAGAGACAGAAGAACGGGACAGACGGAGUCCAGAAUCCAGAGGAGGAUGGUCUGGAGAACGGGAUGGACUCUCAUCUCUUGGACCUGCAAAGAGACGCCAACAGACACAUCAGCGAUCUGAAGUUCAAACUGGUGAAGUCUGAACAGGAAGUCACGGCUCUGGAGCAAAACAUAAUCCGUCUGGAAGGUCAGGUGACCCGCUACAAGCUGGCGUCGGAGAACGCAGAGAAGACCGAAGACGAGCUGAAGGUGGAGAAGAGAAAACUGCAGAGAGAGCUCCGCUCGGCUCUGGACCGGAUCGAGGAGCUGGAGGCCAGUAACAGCCACCUGUCCAAACGCCUGGAGAAGAUGAAGGCCAACCGGAGCACCCUGCUGGCCCAGCAGUGACGGGUGGAGCCAGCUGAGGAGGGAGAAGAGACUCCAUCCGCCUCCUGAGCUGAGAAGAAGCCAAAACCAGAUUCUGAUGUGUGAACGCAGGAGAAAGAUCAACCAACCAAUCAAUCAGUCGGUCAGUCGAUUGAUCGUCGGGGGGACAUCACGUGUUUCCAUCAUUACCAAAAAUGUGACUUUGAAUAGAAACAUUUGCACGACGCCGGGGCGAGUUGAGGAGGACCAUGGGAAAUGAUCGACAGCUGCUGAACAGAUCUUGAGGUGAAGAGUGUAACUUGGUCUGAAGAUUGAAAGUGGAAUCUGUACAGGCCCAACGCUGUCCUGAUGUGGUAAGCUCCACCCGCCCGGCCGUCCAUGUGUGCAAAAGCAAACUCUACAUCUGCCUCAUCAACAUUCAGCUUAUCCGUCUGUAUAAUGUGUGGCACUGCCUGUUGUCCAACACUUGGGGACGCUGCCUCCCUCUGGGACGAGAGACGGGUUGGAACCGGAUCAGCUGAUAAGUUGGUUUGCUCCUUCUCUUCUGUGCUGGGUGUCUCUCCUGGAGACAGACUCCCCGUCGCUCCUGCUGCUGUUGACACGUGUUUUCAUGAAGAGUUUAACACAACAUGAGGUGAAGUUGAAUUUAUUACAGCACAGAACGACAGAGGAAACAGGACGAGCUGCUCACACAGCUACACAGCGCUCAGCCCCACUCACCAGGUUUUUAUUUACUCCUGCAGGUGACAGUGGAGGGCGUGGCUUCGUAUGUUUGUAUAUAUGGAAUAGGUGGAGACACACCUGGUACACCUGGAUCAGGAAUAUUCCAGAUGAUCUCACGUCUUCAUCUUUUCUCGGGAUGUAAAAUCACCAGCUUGUAAAUGUCUGAAUAUUCAUGUCUGUAACCAAUUAUUGCUGAAUGAAUGAAUGAACGAACAAAUGAAUGAAUAAAUCAAAGAAUGAAUGUGUUCACAUU